AUGGUGCUGUACAUCGGCACGAAGCCCACCUUUUGCACCACAGACCCAGACCUGGUGCACGAGGUGUUCAUCAAGCGAAUUGACACGUUCCCAGACCGGCAGGACAAUAAAAGCCCUUUACUCACAAUCCCUGACCACAACCUGCUUACGCUGAGGGGCGAGCACUGGAAGCACGUCCGCCGCGUGCUCAACCCGACCUUUACUACCAACAAGCUGAAGGGAAUGUCGCCGGCUAUAAACAGGUCCAUCCAAACAUUUCUAGACGUACUGGAGAGCAACAGACUCAAAGGCCAGCCGACCGACGUAUACGAUGCCUUCCGCCGCCUGACGAUGGAAGUGAUCGGCAAGUGCGCUCUGGCCACGGACGUGCACUGCCAGACGGACCAGCACGACCCGCUGAUGAUCAUGGUGACGACACUUCUCGACUCCGUACCGCUGAUGUACAUCCUGCGCGGCCUCCAGCCGCUGACGCGCCUGCUGCUGCCCUUGCUACGCACCUUCGGUCCGACCUCUCGCAUAUACCACACGGAACAGCAGCUGCAGCGCUGGCUCCGCGGCGUCAUCCAGCACCGCCUACGGAGCGAUGCGACGGUCGCCGACGCUCUGCAGCUACUCCUGGAAUCGCAGCGUGCCGACAGCAGCCGCCAAGCAAUCACGGAAGAAGAGCUGCUCUCAAACGCGUUCGUUUUCGUCGCGGCCGGUUAUGAGACGACGAGUACGGCGUUAGCCUUCACGUCUUACCUGUUGGCGCGUCACCAGGCCGUGCAGAGUCGCCUGUACGACGAGAUCGUGGCUAAAGUGCCGGCCAGCGACGGGCUCGACUACGAAACUGUUUCUGGCCUGCCCUACCUGGAUAUGGUGAUUCAGGAGUCACUGCGUCUCUAUCCGCCCGUCCCGGGACUGUUCGGCCGACAGGUGAGCGCCGCGACGGAAGUACAGGGGAUACACAUGCCCCGUAACACCUUCGUGGCCGCGGUACCAAUCUGCAUGCACUACGACCCGGAUCUGUGGCGCGACCCGGAGCGCUUCGACCCGGAGCGAUUCAGCGCCGAAAACAAGCCGCAUAUCGCGCCCUGCAGCUACAUGCCGUUCGGCGCCGGGCCGCGCCACUGCAUCGGCAAGCGGUUCGCCCUGAUGGAGAUCAAGCUGGCGCUGUGUCACAUGCUGCGCCGGUACCGUCUGCUGCCGACCAGCGAGCCGCUGGUGGCAGCCAUUGUGCCGCCGUCUCUUGCGCCCGCCUCCGGCCAGAUCAACUUGCGGGUCGAACUGCGAGGGCCGCAGGGUGAUUAG